CUGUGGCCCUGCGAGGGCGCCCCCACCCGGCACGCCGGGCUGACGGGAACGACGCGCUGGCGGCUGCGGGGCGGCGGUUGGCGAAAGUGCGGCUGCGGACGCGCGGAGAGGCGGGCGGCGCGGAUGAGGAAGCAGCGCCGGGCGGCUGCAGCUCCGGGGAUUGCGGGGCAGGGGCGGGCGACAUGGGGCGCCUGCACUGCACCCAAGACCCGGUGCCGGAGGCCGUGGGCGGUGACAUGCAGCAGCUGAACCAGCUGGGCGCGCAGCAGUUCGCAGCCCUGACAGAAGUACUUUUCCACUUCCUAACUGAGCCAAAAGAGGUAGAAAGGUUUCUGGCUCAGCUCUCUGAAUUUGCCACCACCAAUCAGAUCAGUCUUGGCCCCCUCAGAAGCAUUGUGAAGAGCCUCCUCCUCGUUCCAAAUGGUGCAUUGAAGAAGAGUCUCACAGCAGAGCAGGUCCGUGCGGAUCUUAUAACCCUGGGUCUUAGUGAGGAAAAAGCCACUUACUUUUCUCAAAAGUGGAAACAGAAUGCCCCCACCCUUGCCCGAUGGGCCAUAGGUCAGACUCUGAUGAUUAACCAGCUCAUAGACAUGGAGUGGAAAUUUGGAGUGACAUCUGGGAGCAGUGAAUUGGAGAAAGUGGGAAGUAUAUUUUUACAAUUAAAGUUGGUGGUAAAGAAAGGAAAUCAAACUGAAAAUUUAUAUAUAGAAUUAACCUUGCCUCAGUUCUACAGCUUCCUGCACGAGAUGGAGAGAGUCAGAACCAGCAUGGAGUGUUUCAGCUGACUGCUGUGCCCUGCGUCUCCCUCUGCCCACUUCGCCUUCCUCCUCCCCUCCAAGGGAGGGCCGCUCUGGGAGACAUCUCACUCACGGGUUUGUGGGGCUCUCCUUUAGGCCCUGCUUGCUUCUUGAGAGCCCAGGUUUCUGAAUAACAAGAGGAUUAAAUACAGAGUCCUACACCCUACACGGUUACCCUGUGAACUUUUUAUUCAGGCAGUCACUCCCACCUACCUGCCUUCCAGAACAUGUUUUUUUAGACAGUCUGACAAGCUAUUGCAUCUUAGAUUCAGCAGUCACCUCCCCAUCAAAGUUCCAUAGUAAACAAAUGGUGUCAUCACUCAAGAUAACACAUAGAUCACCUUCCUCCAUAAAAAGCAAGAGCUCAUUUAUGACUGAGGAAGAGGCGGGUUGUAUGAAUGACACAUGUAAAGGGCCCCCAGGGAUUCCCACACUGACAGAUUUGUGCUGCAUUGCUAGUGAGUUAGUGAUGGCAAUGAUGCACCUGUGUGCAAAUAUGUGAUUGCUUUUCUCAGAAAAGAACUCAGGCUAAACCCUGUCCCCACUUUUGGGGACAGGUUUUGCCCUGAUGUGUUGUUAUGAGAUGGGCCUUUUGGCUUCAAACUGACCACCUCUGCUGGUUAGAUGAUGAAUAAAAAGGAUUGCAAAAGAAAA